AUACAGCUAGUGCUGUAGACGAAUCACAAUAUGUUAGCGAUGCCCUUCCUAGAGAGGAAGACUAUAACGGUUUUGGAAAGGUGCUCUUGCGGUCUCCUAAGCCUGUCCUACAAUCUGAAUUUGUUCAGAAAGGGUUAAUAAGGCUCAAUUCUCGAUUUGUUAGCCGUGGCAAGGACAAGUUCGAUUGCGCUGUAGAUUGCACCCUUCAGCAUACAUCUACAAUUAUAGCCACGUCCGGAACAGGAAGCUCGAAGGUAAGUCUUCAGCAGAACUGCAGGCCUUGUUGGCCUUGAUCUCAAGGCUCCAUACAAGUGGCUCACUGCAAGAGCUCAACGAAUUAAGAGAAGAAUUGCAAUACAUGAAGCUACAUAUAGAUGAAGACAUGUUUAUUGUCAUGUUUAGGGCCUUGAGGGAUCUAAAACGUGCCCGCCACUUUUCCACGGCAAAGUGCAGUGGAGGACAAAUAGGGAGUUCUAUUUCUACUGACCAGGAGGGUUUCAAUGAGCAAAACAAAGCCGAUAGCUCAUUGGGCUUGCCUAUUGGUAGGCUGUGGAAGCGUCAAGGAAGGUUGCCGAUCAGCAGAAGAAAGGAUGACAUACUUGACCUUAUUGAGAAGAACACAUAUUCUCUCAUUGUAGCAGAUACUGGUUCCGGAAAGUCAACACAAGUGCCCCAGAUGCUGCUCGACGAUGCUAUGGUCAAGGGCUCUGGAAGUUCAUGCAAAAUACUCUGCGUCCAACCUCGCAGAAUAGCAGCGACUUCACUUGCUAAGCGGGUUGCGAAAGAAAGAAGGGAAUCACUUGGAUACUCCGUAGGGUAUCAAAUUCGAUUCGAUUCUCGACGUCCCACAAGACUGGGCUCAAUCACGUAUUGCACAACAGGUUAUCUCCUGAAUAUGCUGCAUUCUGAGUCCUACCUGGUGUCUUUCUCCCACAUCAUACUCGAUGAAGUUCACGAACGAGCCCUUGACCUCGACCUACUCAUGCUUUUUCUAAGAAACUUCGUCGAUCAACGCCGUGGCCUAGGGUUACAUGCACCUAAGAUUGUUGUGAUGAGUGCAACGCUAGACGUGGGCCUCUUCGCUUCAUACUUUCAGAAUGCUGUCGACGACGGAGGUCGCUUGCCUGCUCCACAUCUUUGUAUUCCCGGUCGCGCUUUCCCUGUUGGCAAACAUUACCUAGAUGAGGUCAUCGAGUCUUUGUCUAGGUUCUACUCCCCGCGAGCACUAUCAUUGUUGAUCGAUGAACCCCAGACAGCAAAGUAUCUCAGAAGAUACAACCUUCUGCCAGUGACAAACCGCCCGAAUUCUGACGAAGAAUGGAUCGAUGGGGACCAGCAUUUGCAGGACUCGAUUUUGCCACAAUCAUCUUCGUCCAUAUUUCGAGAAGAAGAUCCUUUGAUACCCCUAGGCCUCAUAUGCGCGGUUAUAUGUUAUGUGUUGUCUAGUACAGAGGGAGGCUCUAUCCUGGUCUUCCUCCCAGGCUUACGUCACAUCAUGGCCGUUGAAAGUGCCGUCCAAAAACAUGGAAAGAUGCUAGGCUGUGACUUCUCUGAUUAUAGGCGAUACAAGAUCCUGCAGCUCCACUCAAACCUUCCCGAUGGUCAGAAAGAACUUUUCAGGCCAAUUUCGCGGGAUUGUCGCCGAGUUAUCUUGUCUACUGAUGUGGCCGAGACUUCGAUAACUAUUCCAGAUGUUAAGUUUGUCAUUGAUAUAGGCAAGGUAAAUCAAAGGAUUUAUGAGCCACACUCAAGGUCAACCCGGUUUGCAUGUUGUUGGAUUAGUCAAUCCAGCGCUGCUCAGCGUGCAGGCAGGGCUGGCAGAGUCCAAGCAGGUGAGUACUUUGCUCUUUUUACGAGGGAUAUGCACAAUUCUUUCCGCGUCACCAGAUUUCCAGGAAUGAUGCGGGAGGACUUGCAGCAGACUUCUUUGCAAGUGAAGCGGACAGUAUCGUCUGCCUCCAUUCAGGACACCUUACGAGAUUCCAUUGAACCCCCGGACGAGGCCAAGGUGGACUUGGCAAUUAGUAACCUACAACUCUUGAGAGCACUGGAUGAGAAAGAGGAGCUUACCCCCCUCGGAGUCCUUCUCUCAGAGUUGCCACUUGACCCUUGUCGCGCAAAGCUGGUUUUGUUGGGGGUUAUAUUUCGCUGUCUUGAUCCGCUUCUCAUUAUUGGGGUAAUCGGGGGCGACCAAUCUUUGUUCUACUCAUCAGCAGACCAGGAGACACGUAAGGAUGUGCACAGGGCUCGUGUAGAAUUUUCACGAAAUACCUGGAGCGACCAUCUUAGCAUGGCCAACGCAUUCAGGGCAACCCGUGAGGUCUGGUAUCGAACGGGUCGUGCAGCCGCAUUUGAGUUUGCAGUAUCGAACCAUAUACACUUUGAUCGCGUCUAUGAAGUGCUACAGGCUGCCCGUCAUACGCUUGAGAUCCUAGCUAAGAAAAAGAUUAUUUCCUGCCAUGAACACCUGGAUGAGCACUUCCAGUUUGGAGGUGCCAGCUUGAAUACCAAUUCAUGGCGUACCCCACUUAUUAAAGCUCUGCUCUUUCAUGUCAUGUAUCCCAAUCUUGCAGCUCCUUCGUCAGCUUCGCGCAGGCGUUACUUUACUGAGACAAAUGAGAUGACACACAUAUCACCCUCUUCUGCCAAUUCCACGGAGCGACCAAGGAGCCUGUUCAUCUUCAAUUCGAAGAACAAGCCUUCUUCGGGGGAAACUUAUUUUCUAAAGCAAACCUCACAUGUCACGCCGCUCGCCGCUUGCCUCCUGGGAGGGCGACUGCAAGGAAGUGGCCGCAGAAUAUGCAUGGACUCAUGGCUGGACUUCUUAGUCCAGGCCAAUGAGGGGACGGGAGACGAUCGUGCAGCCAGAUUAUUGAUUGAACUUCGAAAGACAAUACAAAUGGCAUUCGAUGCAGCUUUUCAUUCCUUAGGCUGUCUAGAAAACUACCAGCCCACUGAAGACCCUAAGUCUACCAGAUCACACGACAUACUCUUCAAUAUGAUAUCUGAAACCUUGAUAGAUAUCCUUGAUAGGGAUAACGAUCCUGUGUAUUCCAAGCGCGUCAAUACAGCGACACAAUGGGCAUAAUGUGACUGUCUGUCACCACAAUUCUUAUGGCCUAUUUGCGCUCGUUUUUGUGACUUGGGUCAAUGUUCUUGUAAU